UUCUAAAACACUUUCCACCAAUUGCGUGCGAUCCUAGGAACAGAAUAUAUUCUUUUUAUAUUAGGUUUAGACUCGAACUUUGAAUUUAAACAACCUGAUGUGUAACCAAUGUUUAAUAUCCGGGGCAAUAAAAAAUUGUGUGCGACCGUUCCGUCACAUCACUUAUUACAUCAUCGCAUUUUAAUAAAAACGAAAGUUUACCGUAAAAAAAAAAAAAAUGUUUUCAAAAAUUAUCGCAUAUUUACUUCUUUAUUAUCUUGUAUAUAAAACUUCAUUACCGCCAAAUCCGUCGCCGAAAUUAACGAAAAUUAAAAAAUUUUCUUUAUCAGAAAUACUAUUAGUAUACUUUCUUCCAUAUCCAUUUAUAAUCCUUUGGUCAUUAUGUACAUUAUGUUAUAUUUACAUUAUGUAUCAACAAGAACAUAAUAAUGUUGUUAUUAUAAAUGUUCGAUUUAGCGAAUGGUCAUUUUAUGAUAUCGUAUUUUAUAUAUUGAACAUUUUCGGGUGUUUUAUAAGAUUAUGGUGUUUUCGCACAUUGAAAGAAUUUUUUACGUUUAAUGUUACCAUUCUCAAAAAUCAUAGACUAAUCGAUACAGGUCCUUAUGCUUUAGUAAUUCAUCCUUCAUAUACUGGAGUUAUUUUAAUGACACUUAACGUGCAGUAUAUGAUUUAUCAACUUCAUUAUUAUAUUCCAAUUUAUUCUCCGGUCGAUUUUUCACCUUUCAUAUUUAAUUGGUAUUAUUAUACUUUAUUUAUUUUCUUAUAUGUUUAUCUAGGAACACAAAGAAUUUUAAAUGAAGAGAAUUUGUUAAAACAAAAAUUUGGAAGAGAAUGGGAUUUAUAUUCAAAAAAAAGAAAAAGAUUUAUUCCUUAUUUAAUUUAACCUGUUAGUAUAUUUAAAACCGAUGAAGGUUAUGAAGGUGGUGAUGAAGGUGGUAAAGAUGGUGGUGAAGGUAGUUGAAAAGUGGUAUUAUAACCACAAUCAAAAACCAGCGCGUUACCCAUAUCAUGAAAUGACAAAUUUAUCGAACCCUUAAAACACAAAAUUUCACUUUGUAAAUUUAAAAUGUUUCUUU